GCUUCCGACGACUUCCGGCGGCUCCUCUCGCGGGGAUUGGCUGUUGGCGGCGUUGCGGGCGAAGCUCGUGUAGCGGCGGCGGUGUCGGUAGCGGCUGCAGCGAAGAGAAUUUGGCGCGAUGUCUCACACCAUUUUGCUGGUACAGCCUACCAAGAGGCCAGAAGGCAGAACUUAUGCCGACUAUGAAUCUGUGAAUGAGUGCAUGGAAGGUGUUUGUAAAAUGUAUGAAGAACAUCUGAAGAGAAUGAAUCCCAACAGUCCCUCCAUCACAUAUGAUAUCAGUCAGUUGUUUGAUUUUAUCGAUGACCUGGCAGACCUCAGCUGCCUGGUUUACCGAGCUGAUACCCAGACAUACCAACCUUAUAACAAAGACUGGAUUAAAGAGAAGAUCUACGUGCUCCUCCGUCGGCAGGCCCAGCAGGCCGGGAAAUAAUUGAGUUGGAAGCAUCAGGGGGUGGGGGUGGGCUUGGAACACAGGUGUGUACAGCGUGCUGUAGUGAAAGUUUUGUAUUAUAGUAAUCCUGUUUCCAUUUUGUUACACUCUAGCCAAGAUUGAAUAUAUUAGAUAAAAUGUGAGGAUCUUGUUCAAUCUGAAACCCCCAUUGCCCCCCGCUUUCCUUUUUUCCUUUUUUUUUUUUACUUAAACAUUUUUAUGAUGAUUUAGAUGAAAGCUGUUCUUUGUCAGUUAAUGUUGGUUUCAAUCUUUCAAACUGUUCGUUCAUAUCUGCUUUAUAACAUUCACUGUACUAACCCUUCUUUAGGACGGGGUGGGGGGUGGUAACACAGUUUAGUUAUGUCCUCAAGAUAAAGUCUUAGUGAAAAAUAAAUAAAUGUUCUUUAGUUAUA